UAUAUUAAAAAAUAAUUAAUAUAUAGCAAUAAAUAUUUUGAUUUAUGCAUAAAAUCAUUUUCCUAUAAAUUUAAAACAAUAGUCUUAUUCAAAAUUUCUUGAAUUUAACAAUUUAUGUUUUUAACUUGUUAAUAUGCAUAGAAAUUUUAAAAAAUCAUUUUUGUGAAACAAAUACUUUUUUAGAAAAAACAUUUAUCUUUGUGGAACGGAAGAAAUAUAUUAUAAUAAUUUCAGAAAGUAUUAUAUUCUUUGGUCCAUGUAUUCAAAAAGAAACAGUAUCUAAAUAUUUUCCAUCUAAAUUCACCAUUAUAAAGGGUAUCUUGACCCCAAAAAAAAUUUAUAUGGUAUCUUUCGUUUCAUUUGUUAUUUUAUUAUUUAACUAGUAAGAUAUAAAUAUCCUAAUUUUAUGGCUUGUCCCAGUCUCAAAUUAAUUGUUUAUGCUGCAAGACAAUAAAUUCAUAAUAAAAUAUUUACUUUGGUCACAUGAUACAUUUCUAAUCUUUUUAACCCAAAUAAUAAAAAAAUCACUCAGCUACCUUGCUCCUUCCACAUAUUCUUAAUCCUUCUUUUUGGCCACAAACACUAAUCCCAUUUUGUAGUAUAUAUACAUGGAGAGAGAGGAAGGUAUAGUUUCAGACAGUAACAGAUUAACAAACUGUAUACACAACGGUAUUAUAUUGGUAACAUCUCAAAGAGCAGAGAGAUUUAAGUCAAAGCAAUGAAGAGAGGAUCUUGCAAGAGUCUUAGACUUACCGAUAUGAUGGAGAAGUGGAGGAAGUGGAAGAAGGGACACUUCGCUGUGUACACCAGAGAAGGCAGGAGGUUUGUUUUGCCGUUGGAUUACCUGAAACAUCCAAUCUUUCAGGUCUUACUGGAGAUGGCAGAGGAAGAGUUUGGUUCCACCAUUUGUGGCCCUUUACAGGUUCCUUGCGAUGGAGGUUUGAUGGAUCACAUCCUAAUGUUGCUGAGAAAGAGGAGUUUGUAUGGUCAUGGUGAUAAUGAGGAUGAUGAUGAUGAUGAUGAUGAUGAUGAUGUGAAGAAGAAGCAGAAGAACCAUGUUGUCUCGUCCAUGAGCAUGUCCUGCAAAGGAGCUUCAUCGGUUUCAUAUAUAUUCCCUCUCUUUCGUUGCAACGCAGCUCAUGAUCUGAACAAACUUCAGUCACUAGUUUUGUAACACUUUCAUGCGUUGUGGGAAACGCUUUUACAGACGAAAGUCUUUUAUGUUUGUAUGUAUAUAUAGAGAAACAGAGUUUCUAUAUAAGCCUUGCAUUUUGUAAUAUCAAUAUAUUCAGUUUUGACAUAGA